CAUAUUGCCGCAUGGCGCAUAGCAAUUAGCGUUGAUUGGAGGUUGGAGCAGAACAUUUUAUCGCGUGCAUCUUUGCGCAUUUGUACAUUUUAUAUAUGUAUAUUAAUAAAAAUAGAAGAAAUACGGAAUGUUUAAGACAAAAGCAUUUCUCUGAUAAUAUUUUCUUGACAAUACCUUGCGUAUUAGUAGAAUAGAAGUAUAUAUCAAAUUUUGAUUAUAUAUAUAUCUUUGAUAGUGAUAAAACAAAAAUGUUUGUGCUGGCGGAGUUGAAAGAUACUGUUAGGAUACCACCAAGUAGAUUUCAAUACAAAUUGAAUGACGUCGUUACUGACGAGUUAAAUAGGAAACUCGCUAAUAAAGUGUACAAGGAUGUAGGUCUGUGCAUCACGUUGCACGAUAUUACCAAAAUCGAAGAGUCAUACAUUUUUCCAGGAGACGGAGCUUCUCACACAAAAGUGACAUUUAGAUUUAUUGUGUUUCGCCCGUGGAUAGAAGAAAUAUUAGUAGGAAAGAUUCGUAGCUGCAGUCCUGAAGUUACAUUAGGAUUUUUUGAAGAUAUAGUCAUACCACCUCACAAGUUACAACACCCGUCACAUUUUGACCAAAUGGAACAAGCAUGGGUUUGGAUAUACAAGGAAAAGGGAGAAACGCAUAAUCUGUUUAUGGAUGCUGGAGAAGUUAUCCGAUUCAGGGUAGUGAAGGAAAUCUUUACGGAAGCACCUUUAUCAUCGGCACCUAAUGCACCUCGCGACAUAAGUGAGAAGCCAGAAGCCAAUAACGUUGCGCCAUAUACCUUACACGGAUCAAUUGACGAACCUGGUUUGGGUUUAGUUACCUGGUGGCUAAAAGAAUAAUUUAUCACAUAUAUUACAAUUCAUUUUAAGCAAACUAGAUUGUGUGAUUAAAAUACAAAAAAAAACUGGUCAAUAAAUUUUUAUUUUUUAUUUCACAGCA